UUCCUCUCCCUCCCGAUUUGACUUCUACAGAACUUUCUCUCUCUCUCUCUCAAAACCGGCAGACCCCGUUUGACCAGUCCCCCACCCUCCUUUCCUCCUGAAAGUUAUUAAUGCCCUCUGUUUUCGAUUUUUGCUUAUUAUCACAUGAUCUGUAAAGCGAUAAUAUCAUAAACUUCUUCAAUUUUCUGUCUUUUUAAUUACAAGCGAAACGAUCCAACAAGAUGAACAAUCUCUUCUCCGGAUCCUUCUCUCACUUCAGAAGCGACGAAACAGCAUCGCCGGCUCACCACGUCAUCGAGAUGGCCACUUCGCCUUCCACCGGCGUUAACCUGGACAAGUUCUUCGAGGACGUCGAGUCCGUCAAGGACGAGCUCAAGGAGCUCGAUCGCCUCAACCAGACACUCCGCAGCUCCCACGAGCAUAGCCAGACCCUUCAUAACGCCAAAGCCGUCAAGGACCUCCGAUCCCGCAUGGACGCCGAUGUCUCUCUCGCCCUUAAGAAGGCCAAGCUCAUCAAGGGCAAGCUCGAGGCCCUCGACCGCUCCAACGCUGCCAACCGCUGCCUCCCCGGCUGCGGACCCGGUUCCUCCUCCGAACGGACCAGGACCUCCGUGGUGAACGGCCUCAGGAAGAAGCUCAAGGACUCUAUGGAGAGCUUCAACACUUUGAGGCAGCAAAUCUCCUCCGAGUACAGGGAGACCGUACAACGGAGAUACUUCACCGUCACCGGUCAAAACCCAGACGACAAAACCGUUGACCUACUCAUUUCUACAGGUGAGAGUGAGACAUUCUUGCAAAAAGCGAUUCAAGAGCAAGGGAGAGGAAGAGUUUUGGACACAAUACAUGAGAUACAAGAGAGGCAUGAUGCUGUGAGGGAGAUGGAGAAGAAUCUCAAGGAGCUGCACCAGGUGUUCUUGGACAUGGCGGUGUUGGUCCAGGCACAAGGUGAGCAAUUGGACAACAUCGAGAGCCAUGUGGCCAGAGCCAAUUCGUUCGUGAGGGGCGGAACCCGGGAAUUGCAGACUGCCAGGAAGCACCAGAAGAACACCCGAAAAUGGACCUGUUUUGCCAUUAUACUUUUGCUGUUGAUUGUCUUGUUUGUGGUGCUCUUUACGGUCAAGCCAUGGAAAAAAUAACACUCUUGGAAGAAUCGCCUUGCGAAUGUCUAUACGGCUCUGCUGCUGCUGUAGCUCAUCAUUUUAUAUAUUCAAACCCAAAUUAAGUAGGAAAAAUAAAUGAGAAGCUUUUGAAA